GACGCUGAACUACAAGACACGCUCCACAUUACGUAUGCGGAUGGUCAUGCUGUAGUUUAUUUUCACCUCACUUCAAACAUUUGGUUUGGAAUCUAGCCUUAUAGCUUCGCAUCAGUUUCUUAUUGACAGCGAUCACAGCGGUUUAUUGCGAGCGGCGAGAUGGUUGAUAUGGGAUCAAUAGGAGGCGAGGGGAUGUACAGCCAACUUAUCGAUGACAGCCAAUGUAUUGAAGAUGAAGAGCAGCGCAGCCCAUGUGUGCACAAUGCUCCCUCACUGAGAUCAGCCCCCGGACCCAGUGGCUCCAGGCCCUACAGGUUAGCCACAGUCUUCCUGGCCACGCUGUGUGCCAUCCUGUUGCUAUCUGUCAUCGCUGUGAGUACACACUAUAAGAACAUCCUGCAGGGAUUUAGCCACGAGCGUCAGGCCCUCCUGCCUCAGAAUGGGUCCAGUGGUCAGAUCCAGAUGCAGAAGCAGCCCAUCAAUGUGACGGCCCUGACUGAAGCCCUGCACAAACUGAAGGCGGAGAAUGAAGGUCUUAUAAAGGAGAGAGACGAGCUUGUCGCCAGGUUGGCCAAAUCAGAACGAGUGCCGACAUUGCCCCCCAAGGCCCCGGUCGCCUGUCCGUCAGAUUGGCUUCGGUUCAACAACAGCUGCUACUACAUCUCCACCAGGAGUAGGAACUGGCCGGACAGCCAGUCCUGGUGCAAGGAGAAAGGAGGCCAUUUGGCAAUCAUACUCACUGCUGAAGAACAGACGUUUCUUUGGGACCAGUUACCUCGGGGACACUGGAAUGCUUACUGGUUCGGAAUCACAGACCACAAGAAAGAGACAGACUGGGUUUGGGUCGAUGGAACCAAAUUGGUCGGGGGUUUUUGGGAGGAGGGCGAACCCAAUAACCACAUUGACGAGGACUGCGGCUACAUUGUCAAGACACAGGUGCUGGAGCGCACGGCAAUUCGCAGCUGGUAUGAUGCUCCAUGCUCCAUGUACUGGCCCUACAUCUGUGAGAUUUAGCCCAAUAACUGUUGCUGCUUCUUAUGAAGAUGGGCACUGGUCUGAUCAGCAGUCAUGUGUUCACGCUGGAGGGGCAACAAUAUUCACAGUGAUAGACCAGCGUGGACCAACAUUUUCUCCUCAGGAGCUCCUGGGCAUGCAGGGUUUUCCUCUAGCCCUGCACUGAUACAUCUGAUUCAGGUGCGUUAGAGCAGGGCAAGAGCAACACUGUGCAAGAGUGUUAGUUCUAGACUAGGAGGGUACACCCCUGUGUUGGAGAUAUGCAGCAGAAUCUGGUUAAUGUGAAAUGCUAUUCUUUGCUACUAUCUUUACCUGUUUCAUGUAUUUUUUAUCAAACAAUGUACAUAUCUUAAUUUGGGGUUUAACCAAAGAUCAAAAUACUUCUAAUGCACUAUUUGACGACUAGUUAUUUUAGGUUGAUGGAAAAUGGUGUAAUUAAAAAAACAAAUAUAAUCAUUUAUUUUAUAAUCAUGAUUUGUCUAAAACACAUUAAUAAAUGUUCCAUUCAUAACCAUUCAAAAUGUAUAUUUUACUCUGAAAAUAUGUUGAUUCUGUCAAUAAACAUUAUGCAAAGUUA